AUGUCAACUCUUUUGGUGUUCUUCUUCUGUUCCAUUGGCCUCUCUCUUAUUUUUGCUGAGGGAGCUCAAACUGCACCUAGUGAUGAACUAUCAACCUUGCUGUCAUUCAAAGCUGGUCUAGUUGAUCCAAUGGAUGCCCUGAAGGAUUGGAAAAUGCCGAGCAACGCGGCCGGAGAACUUGGUUCACUCCAUUGCAACUGGACUGGAAUUAUGUGCAACUCCAGAAGCUAUGUAGAGAAGCUGGACAUCUCCAACAUGAACAUCAGCGGCCUGGUAUCAGAUCACAUUCAAGCCUUAACUAGUCUUUCUGUUAUCAACAUUUCUUGCAAUGGCUUCACAACAUCACUCCCAAAGUCCCUAUCUAACCUCACCUCACUGAGCAUCAUUGAUGUGAGUAACAACUACUUUGUUGGUGAGUUCCCAUCAGGCCUAGGAAGAGCUUCAGGGCUGACUUCAGUCAACGCGUCGAGCAACAACUUUUCGGGGUUUCUUCCAGAGGAUCUUGGCAAUGCAACUUCCCUUGAGAUCCUGGACUUCAGAGGGAGCUACUUUGAAGGUUCAGUUCCAACAACAUACAAGAACUUGCAGAAGCUGAAGUUUCUAGGCCUUUCUGGUAACAAUCUCACCGGAAACAUUCCAAAAGAACUUGGGGAGCUCUCUUCUUUGGAGACUAUUAUUCUUGGAUACAAUGAGUUUGUUGGUGAAAUCCCUGCAGAGUUUGGCAAUCUCACCAAUCUUCAGUAUCUUGACUUAGCAGUUGGCAGCCUCAGUGGUCAAAUUCCACCUGAAUUAGGUAGGCUACAAAAACUAACCACAGUUUAUUUGUACAAAAACAACUUCACAGGAAAAAUCCCACCAGAGAUUGGUAACAUUACAUCUCUAGUGUACCUGGAUCUCUCUGAUAAUCAGAUCUCGGGUGAGAUUCCAGCUGAGCUUGCAUGGUUGACAAAUUUGCAGCUUCUGAACUUGAUGUGCAAUAGGCUAACAGGUUUGGUACCUGCCAAGCUUGGCAAUUUAACCAAGUUAGCUAUACUUGAGCUAUGGAAGAAUUCUCUGACAGGUUCAUUGCCAAUGAACCUGGGCAAGAAUUCUCCACUGCAAUGGCUAGAUGUGUCUUCAAAUUCCUUAUCCGGCGGUAUCCCACCAGGUUUGUGUGAUUCUGGCAAUCUCACUAAGCUCAUUCUGUUCAACAACUCCUUCUCUGGUUCUAUUCCAUUAGGCCUUUCAACUUGCUUGUCAUUGGUUCGUGUUCGGAUACAAAACAAUCUCAUUUCAGGAACUAUCCCAGUUGGCCUUGGAACACUUCCUAAUCUCCAAAGGCUAGAGUUGGCUAAAAACAAUCUUACUGGCGAAAUUCCUCAGGAUAUUGCUUUGUCUACAUCACUUUCUUUCAUUGAUGUCUCUUGGAACCACAUUGAGUCUUCUAUUCCUUCUAGCAUUCUCUCCAUUCAAAAUCUCCAAACCUUCAUGGCUUCCAACAACAACUUGGAAGGCAAACUCCCAGAUCAGUUCCAAGAUUGCCCCUCCCUGUCAGUGCUUGAUAUCUCAAGCAACCAUUUCUCUGGAUACAUUCCAGAGAGUAUAGCUUCUUGCGAGAAGCUAGUGAGUCUGAGCCUUAGAAGUAACCAGUUCAGUGGUGAGAUCCCUAGAGCUAUCGCGACAAUGCCUACAUUGUCCAUUCUUGAUCUGUCCAACAAUUCUUUGACAGGUAGAAUUCCUGAUAGCUUUGGAAGCUCACCAGCCUUGGAGAUGCUCAACUUGUCUUUCAACAGACUUGAGGGUCCAGUCCCGGCAAAUGGUAUCUUAAUGACCAUAAAUCCCAAUGAUCUUGUAGGCAAUGCUGGUCUUUGUGGAGGCAUACUUCCACCAUGUGCUCAUAGUUUAGCUGCCACAGCAGGCCGGCAUCAGAACAUGCACAUCAAACACAUCAUUGCCGGAUUCAUCAUUGGUAUUGGAGUCAUUUCAACUCUCGGCGUCAUGAUUUUAACUGGGAGAUGGAUAUAUAAGAAGUGGUACUUGUAUAGCAGCUCCGACAGCUGGUUCAAGCAGAGCAGUGAAGAAUGGCCUUGGAGGCUAGUAGCAUUUCAGAGAAUCAACUUCACAAGUAGUGACAUUCUUGCUUGCAUAAAGGAAUCAAAUGUCAUUGGCAUGGGUGGGGCUGGUAUUGUUUACAAGGCUGAAGUCCAUCGGCCGCAUUCAGUUGUGGCAGUUAAGAAGCUAUGGAGGCCAGGGACAGACAUUGAAAAUGGGGAGGACCUAUUUGCUGAAGUGAAUCUCCUAGGCAGGCUCCGGCAUAGGAACAUUGUGCGGUUAUUAGGAUACCUCCACAAUGAAACUGAUGUCAUUAUGGUAUACGAGUACAUGCCAAAUGGGAACUUGGGUAGUGCAUUGCAUGGAGAUCAGUCAGGAAAAUUGCUGGUUGAUUGGGUUUCAAGGUACAACAUAGCAGUUGGGGUAGCACAAGGUCUAAAUUAUCUUCACCAUGACUGUCAGCCACCAGUCAUUCACCGAGAUAUCAAAUCAAACAACAUUCUGCUCGAUAAGAAUCUUGAUGCCAGAAUAGCAGAUUUCGGGUUGGCAAGGAUGAUGAUGCACAAGAAUGAGACAGUUUCAAUGGUGGCAGGGUCUUAUGGAUACAUUGCACCUGAAUACGGAUAUGCCAUGAAGGUUGAUGAAAAGACUGAUAUCUAUAGCUAUGGUGUAGUUCUUUUAGAGCUUCUAACUGGAAAAAUGCCUGUAGACCCUGCUUUCGGGGAAUCUGUGGAUGUUGUGGAGUUUGUUCGAAAGAAGAUGAGAAACAAAAGAGCUUUAGAAGAAGCACUAGACUCCAGCAUAGCCGGAGAGUGCAAGCAUGUCCAGGAAGAAAUGCUUCUUGUUCUCAGAAUCGCGCUACUUUGUACUGCAAAGCUACCGAAAGACAGACCAUCGAUGAGAGAUAUAAUCACAAUGCUGGGAGAGGCAAAGCCAAGGAGGAAAAGCAUUUCUGAGAAUUGGGACAAAAAGACUCUGAAGGAGAAGCCGAUCUUUAGCACCUCACCAGUCAUAGGACUUAUCUAG